AUGGUGGGGACGCUCAAAAGUACUGGCUGUGAAACCUGUCGGAAACGCAAGAAGAAGUGCGGUGAAGAGCUCCCUUCGUGCUCAGCAUGCAUCAGAGCAGGCUGGAAAUGCCCAGGGUAUGCUAAAAGAUGGAAGUUUGUCGAUGAGAGUGGACCGCUCGCGUUGCUCUAUCGCAACAAGAAGUACAUCUUCGAAGACGUUGACCAUCCCGAACCGACUGGCGACGAAGGCUCUGCAUUUCGAGGUAUUCUCAUAAAAAAGGCGCGCUUUCCUCUCUUCUCGAGUACAUCGACCACCGUCGAGUGGCCUCUGGUCUCACCAAGCGACCAACUGUGUUCCACUCUGUGCUACAUACUAGAUGAGCCUCAGAGCAGGUACACCUUUCCCAUAAAAUCUCAUGGACGAUUUUAUGCUAUGAUUCCCGUCCGGCUAGGUCGCAAUAUUGCACUGGACGACGCGGUCUCAUGUCUGUGCAGCAUCUACGUGGACUCUCUAAGAUCAACCCAAGCUCCGUCGAAGGAGUGCCUUCGGCUCUACGGCCGAUGUUUGCGUUCUCUUCGAAAAUCGCUGGACGUGCAGCACACUCGCGCAGAGGCUGAAACAAUAUGUGCGUCUAUUAUCAUGCAAGCAUGCGAGUUGGCCCUGAACAACGAAGGUGGGCGAUGGAGUCAACUGUGUAUGGGAACGAAACUUCUCAUUGAAGAACACGGUCCUGAGAGGUUUACAAAGCCCUUCGAGCGGGCCAUGCUCGAGUCGCAGCGAGCCUGGUUUAUUCUUCAAGACGCAAGCAUCGGACAAGAAUGCUUUCUGUCACGGCAGGAGUGGCGUCGAUUGUUGAAGAGCUCCACCACUACCACAGCGGCUGAGGAGCAUGCUAGUAUCGCACUUCGAUCCGAGCUUUGCGACUUCCUUGUCGACGUGCCGGGCCUAAUGCGACAAGCCUCCAGCACCGCAGAUCAGCUUUUGAACGGAGAAUUUGACUCAGCUGGAAUCACAGGGCGGCGCCAGAACGCAAUCUUUCACAUAUCGUCACUAAAACAUGCCUUCGAAUGCUGCACUCCACUGGAUGACCUUCUACUUGCUAUCGUUGACUGCGUGUCUAACUCCAUCAUGAUGAAGCUAGAUAUCUUGUGUUUCAGCGUCGGCGCGGACUAUAAUGGCUUCAAAGUUGACAAUCUUGACUAUCAAAAGGCACAGGCGAGACGCAAAUUGAUGAUGUAUCAGUCAUUACAAUUUGUUCGAGCAAAAUCUCUGAUCGCGGCCAAACCUCUGGAAUUUGGGUUGCGACAGCUGUGGCUCGACGCCGGAUUCGAACAGAGCACAAGACAAAAGGAUGAGAAAGAUUCUUGA